CAUCAGUGAGUGAGUGAGUGAGUAGUGAGUCCGCAAAGUGAGUAACUGGGAGUUGCACCACGGGACUACUCAGUCACUAUAAGAUCGCCAAGUCGCACAGACUCCUAGGUGCUCACAGUUUUUUUUUUUUUAAGUAAAAAAAUUUUUUUUUACUUUCAAAAUUCCAGGGUGAUUUUUUUUUAAGUUUUUUUUUUUCGAUGACUAGUUUACCGAAAAAUCGUGAAUUAUAUUUUUUUACAAUAAAUGAAAUACUAUUUAAAUGUAAACGGAAGUGAGUGAGUGGAUGAUAAGAAGAAAUUGUAUUGGGAGAAGACGGAUAUCCUCCUAUAGGAGAAAGAGGAAGCGAUGAUCUACGGGGUCCUAGUGGCCGGUGCUAUCACCCUUGCCACAUUAAGUCGGUAUUCGCUUGCACAAACAGCCACACUAACGAGUCUUGCAUUUUUUCUGAGCUCAAGUUUUACUACAGCAGUCACUGCGGCACCGUCUUACAAUCUCGGGAUUAUUUCCGAUCCUAGUAUUAAUAUUAUGGAAACGUGGGAGCAACCUUGCGGUACACCACUGGCUGCAUCUUUAAAACGGCCACCACAAAGACAUAGUGUUCAUCGGGCAUUAAAGAAAGUACGAAUACAGCUGCGUGUUGCUCAAAAUCAUUUUCGGAAAGACCUCAAAGUCGUACACGAAAUUUAUUCAAAGGUUUAUAAAGUAUUGAAGGGACAAUAUCACAUGAGCUGGUUGCCAAAGAAUCAGCUUGAAUGGUAUUACAAUGAACUUUGGUGCAAAGAAAAGAGUAAAAAAGCUGAACGUGGAUUGCCACAACUUCACGACGCGCUUCAACGAUUUGCCAUAACAUUUCAUUUGUUGAAGAAUUUUCGUCUCAAAUCAAAUAUCAAUGUCGAGUAUACAAUGAAUAAAAGGAAUGAAAUCAUUAAUCAAAUGCAAAAUGAAGUUCAUCGAAUGCUGUGUGAAGUGGAAACAGCAAUUUUAAAUUUAGGAUUACAAUUACCAGAAAUUCAUAAAACAGAAAUAGUCACAUCAGAUUCUGAUUGGGCCACAGAAGGUGAUCUCACUCUUAUGCUCAUACAAGACUGGGGUGUCCUACGACUUUACCAAGCAUUUCUCAAUGAUUGGACACGGGCGCUUCGUAAUGCGACAGCUAUUGGUCCUGGUACUUGUGAUCCGGAUGCCAUGAAACCGCUUUUAUAUCGAGCAAAACAAAAAAAUCCGAAAAAAACGAAACGAUUAAAGCCUAAAAGAUUAGCUCAAGUUAAAAAGAAAAAAAAUGAAAAUAAUAAUAAUCAUAAUAUUGAUAAUAAUAAUAACAAUACUAAUAUUAACAAUUAUAAUAAUAAUAAUAAUAAUAAUAAUAAUAAUAAUAAUAAUAAUAAUAAUAAUAAUAAUAGUAAUAGUAAUAAAAAUAAUAGUAAUAAAAAUCAUAGUAAUAAAAACAAUAAUAAUAAUAAUAAUAAUAAUAAUAAUAAUAAUAAUAAUAAUAAUAAUAAUAAUAAUAAUAAUAAUAAUAAUAAUAAUAAUAAUAGUAAUAGAUCUAAUCAUAAUGAAGGUGUUGUGGUUAGAAAUAAUGAAAUUAUCGUAGGUGGUAAUGGCGAAGUUAUUCAUUCACGUAGACGAGGCGUCAGACGACGAAUGGCUAAGAAUAGGAGAAAAAAAAAUAGACAAUAACGUUCUAUAAAUAGGAUCGCAAAUUAUUCAUAAAUUAUUUAUUUCAUUGUCAUCAAUUUUUUUUUUUUUUUUUUUUUUUUUCUAUAGAAUUUAUUAAAUUAUGUCUAAUUUCUUUUUUUUUUAACUACAUUAUUAACAAGAUUCAUAUAGAACUUUUAUAAAUUUCUACACUGUAAAAAAUAAGAUGCUGACAUCAAAUUCUCUAAGAAUUUGACAAAUUUCCUCUUCAGUGGAACCAAAUUCGUUUGAACCAACGAAAACUAGUUUGUCUCAAGAAAAUCAUUUUUAUUAAAUUAAAAGCUCUACCUGAUUAUGAGAAAUCGCUUAAGCGUUUAUAUUAAAGUUUUUAACUUUGACCGUAAAUAAAAUAACAUUUGAGUAAAUAGUGAAAUAUAUUUUGAUUAAAUUUUGGGUGUACUUAGUUUAAAAAUAAAAUCUUUUCGAAGCAAAUUUUUCAAUUUUGAUAAAUUUAACUUAAACUCUUGAAACGUUUGGUUUGAAAACUCUACAUAUUUCAAUGAAACAAUAGUAGUUUCCAAUAAUACCGAACGUGUGUCAACCGAUGAGUUUCUUGGGGAGAGAAUCCAAUGAGGUUGUAGGAAUAAUUUCACGCACUCCUAUUAAAACUGAAAAAUAUUUGACAAGAAUAUAAAUAUAUUCGUAACAAAAUAAUGAACCAUAUUUGAAUAAAAGUCCUUAUAUUAUCGAUUCGAUAAAAAAAAUUAUUUUUAAAAAGAGUCACAUAUUUAUCUCUUUUUAAUUAAUGCAUAAGCAAUCGAUUUUGUUUGUAUCCAUUCAAUAUAAAAACAAAAUAUUAGAAGUAAAAUUUAACUAAAACUUUCCUACUGGUUCUGUGGCGUAGCGGUAAAGCGACUGAUUCUUGCGCGUUGAGUGUUGGGUUCGAAUUCUCCGGAUACCAAUAAUACGAAUAUUCAAUUGUUCACUAAAAACUUCUGUAUGUUAGGAUUAUUUGUAAAGUGUAAUAUAUAUAUAAUAUUAUAAUAUAAUGUAACUGUCCUAACACUUGAUGAAAAAAAAAAAAGAAAUGAUAACAAUAAUAAUAAUCAAAUCGAAUCAAAAAUGAAAAAAUACAUAAGAAAAAAAAAUUUUUUUGAAUUAAUUAUUAAUGAAAUAAUCCAAGGCAAUACUCAUUUGAUUCGGAUUACUGUUUUUUUUGGAUCUAUGAAAUACAGCAAUUUGAAAUGAUCAUUUAUUGAAUCAAUUGCAAGGACAGUCUCUAUGAACCUAAAAAAAUAUUACUUUCAACACUAAGAUUCAUUUGCUUUAAUAAAAUUUUGACAACUGAAAAUUAAUACCUUCAAUCACCUCACAAUUUACUGUGAGUGAAAUUUUUAAUUAUUUUAUAUGAAACAAAAAUCAUCAUUGCAUCAACAGCAUCAAUGACUUUAGCUAAUUUCUAUUUUUUUUCAUUAAUGAAAAAAGUUAUUGAGUUACAGAAUUAGUUCAAACGACUCGGUAUCUUCCUUUAAGAAACUCACUUGGAGUAAAAUACUGUCAAACGUAGAGGUCAGCAGAUUCAAUCGCUUGACGCUCUUGGCUGUAUCGAAACGCACGGAGUACUUGAGCCAAACGAAUCUGGUUUGACGUUCGGAAUCAUUUUUUACAGUGUAGAGUAGUGGGCGAAAGUAUGAGAAUCGAUAGGAAUUCGUUGGAAUAAUCUUCUAUGUCCAUCUCCGGAUAGGAAUUCUUGUGGAAAUCUCUUAGACUCUAUUGAAAUUAAUGAAAAAAAAAUCUUGUGUUGAUAACUUUGAAUUUCCCUUGGAAUUCUAAUGGGAUUUAUGAGAAUUCAGUCGGGACAUUAUAGGAACGCAUAAAAUUUUUCGACAGUUCCCUGCAUCGGAAUGUAGAAAUGUGACAAAUAGAUGACACAUAUGCCUAAAUAUUUUGAAUGGGCGCCAAAAAAAAAAAA